UAGCCAAGCAUGCUGGGAGACACAGAGCAACUGAAGCACAGGAGCAUGUGGAUGUCUUAGAUUUUCUUUGCAGUCUGUGCUGCUCUCCUCUCCUAACACCACCCCACUACUAGACGUAGGCAUUAGACGUGACAAUCAGCCACAUUUGAACAGAAGAAAAUACUGAAGACACAUUCUCCAGGAGAAUGUCUCAAAGGCAGCCUCAAUCACCUAAUCAGACUUCAAUUACAAAUGACACAGAAUCAUCAAGCUCUGUCAUUUCCAAUGAUACCACAAAUAAAGGGUGGACCGGAGACAACUCUCCAGGAAUAGAAGCACUGUGUGCCAUCUACAUCACUUAUGCUGUGAUCAUUUCAGUGGGCAUCCUCGGAAAUGCUAUUCUCAUCAAAGUCUUUUUCAAGACAAAAUCCAUGCAAACUGUUCCAAAUAUUUUCAUCACUAGCCUGGCUUUUGGAGAUCUUUUACUUCUGCUGACUUGUGUGCCGGUGGAUGCAACCCACUACCUUGCAGAGGGAUGGCUGUUCGGGAGAAUCGGUUGUAAGGUGCUCUCUUUCAUCCGGCUCACUUCUGUUGGAGUGUCUGUGUUCACGCUAACGAUUCUCAGUGCUGACAGAUAUAAAGCAGUUGUGAAGCCACUUGAGCGACAGCCCUCCAAUGCCAUCCUGAAGACCUAUGCAAAAGCUGGCUGCGUCUGGAUCGUGUCCAUGAUAUUUGCUCUGCCAGAGGCUGUAUUUUCAAAUGUAUACACUUUACGAGAUUCCAACAAAAAUAGGACAUUUGAAUUGUGUGCCUCUUAUCCCAUCUCUGAGAAGCUCUUGCAGGAAAUACAUUCUCUGCUGAGCUUCUUAGUGUUCUACAUUAUUCCACUCUCGAUUAUUUCUGUCUAUUACUCUUUGAUUGCUAGGACUCUUUACAAAAGCACAUUGAACAUACCGACUGAGGAACAAAGCCACGCCCGCAAGCAGAUUGAAUCCCGGAAAAGAAUUGCCAAAACGGUGUUGGUGCUGGUGGCUCUGUUUGCUCUCUGCUGGUUGCCGAAUCACCUCCUGUAUCUCCACCACUCAUUCACUUCUGAAACCCAUGCAGACCCCUCUUCUGUACAUUUCAUUGUCACCAUUUUCUCUCGGAUUCUGGCUUUCAGUAAUUCUUGCGUAAAUCCCUUUGCACUCUACUGGCUGAGCAAAACCUUCCAGGAGCAUUUUAAAGCUCAGCUGUUCUGCUGCAAGGGAAAGCGGCCCGAGCCUCCUCUUGCUGCAACCCCUCUUAACAACCUGGCUGUGGUGGGAAGGGUCCCCGGCACUGGGAGUGCACACAUCUCUGAGAUUAGUGUGGCCUUGAUCACUGAGUGUGCUGUGAAGAACGAAGAGGACAGCGUCUAGCUUUCCCAUUAAAAACGGUGUUUUUCCUCCCAGUGUGUGUAUCUAGCUCUAAACUGUGCACAGGUGUGUGGUUGUUGUUUUCUUGUUUGUGGACUGUGUCAAAGUCUUAGGAGCUAAGGAUCCAUAUAAGUAACAGAUGAACCAUGAUUUCCUUCAAAGUACAGUGAUGCUAUGGGGCUUUCUAACUAAAUUGAAGCCCCCGAAGUAUAGGAAGACAUGUUUGUAUAUGCCAGUGAGCUCUAAGGGAGACUGAAGAGGAGGAAAGAAAUAAACAAGAUGAAACAUAAAAAUCUAAUUUAUUUCCAUCACAUCUCUCAUGCUUCUAACUGCUCAUAGACUCCUUUGUCAUUGGAGUGUGUUUGUGUUUCUUAUGUGGUGUGAAUCUAGGGAUUAUACUUUGUAUAGGAAAAGGAGAUCAAAAAGAUAAAACAUCUCUUACACAGUUCUCUUAAAGAAUAAGUGACUGCCCUUUCCCGUUAAUCUCUAUUCCAUUAUAACUAAAUCUGCAGUUUAAAUCAAAAUGUUUGGGAGCCGGUGAGGAUCAAGUAUUGAAUAAGGAUCUGGGGCAGGGUGAUUGCCUCACUGGGUCAACACUUCCCGACUUCAUGUAGUUCUGCCUAGAACUGCAUUGAUUAAGAACUGGGCAGAGCUACUUUGCACAGAUAUUGUUGAGAACCGCCUUACCCACAGGCAGAAUAAGUGGCCACAUUUAUGGUGUCAUUGAGGGCCCCACAGGGCCCCUGUGGGAAAAUCUGUACCUGCCAGCGUCUGAGAUUCGUUCUUUAAGGAAAGUCAUUUCUUUUGGUUAAGUAGUGCCCUCUUUCUGAAAACCUGCAGAAGUGCCACAUGAAAUCCUUACCACCUAGGUGUGCAAUCGUCAUCAGCUCAUCUUCCUGCUUGACUUUAGUAAAUAUGAUGGGCGCCUAAGUCCUGUAUGAGUGUGACCUAACUAACCUCUGUCCCUGGAAAUCAGAUGGAAGGCUCUGAUUUUCUGUCCUCUGCUCAUAUUGCUAACCCAAUAAGCUUGUUAAUAACUGUCAUAUUAAAAACUGUGUCAAUAGACUUGUCAGAUUUAGACUUGUGGUUUCAGAAAACAUAUUCUUGGAGCAAAUCAAAGCUUAUGUCUGGCACUAUAGAUAGUCAAAUUUGUAUUUUUAGAAACUUGGUAUGUGAAUGUGCUUUGACAGUUGUGAGCUUUCUUUAAAUGGCUUGUGUGGUUGUGAACUUUUGUUAAUGAUGUGGCUCAAAGGGGGGUAUAUAAUAUUAACACUAGACUUUAAAUCUGUAAAAUUGGUUUACUUAAAGUGGGGUGCUGGGAUUGUAUUAAUGUUGUUUUAAAGUAGGCAUUGUAAUAAGU